GUAUAUUGAUCUUAAAUCUUACCUAUGCCAGUGCAAAAGUAUAAAUUGCCAAAGUAGCAAGUGAAAUCUUCACUCAAUCGAAUACAGCCGGUGUUUUACGUUGAUCAACUUGACAAUAUGGAAUCCAAAGGCUUACUCUUCCUCUUCAUUGCGGCUCUGUUGGCACCAAGUUGGGUCAGCCCUUCGCCAGUGCCAGAUGAUGAUGGUAGAGUUCGUCACGAGGGGGAUGAGUACGAUGAUAGCCCGUCCGAUGGCGAUGACAUGGAUAGGGAAAGCAGUGACCAAAACGACCAGAGCGAUAACUACAGCAACAGAGGGAACGAUGACAGAGAUGACUACAACACCAAAAGCAACGACGACGAUGAUGACUACAGUAACAGACGAUUUGACGACAACGACGACUACAGCAGAGGGAAAGAAGACAACGAUGACUUCAGCGACAGAAGGAACGACGAUCGUGAUGACGACUGGGGAGAUGACGGCCAUGAUAAUGACUGGGGAGCCAAAAGGAGAGGCAAAGGAAAUUAUGGGGAUGACUAUGGCAACAGAAUGGAAGAUAAUGGCGAAAACUUCCACGAUGAUGAUCAAGACGAAUGGAAGACAAAGAAGAGAGGAAAGAACGGGGAGGAAGAGAGAAACAAUGACGACGAAGAUAACGACAGGGCUCGCAACAGAGUCAAAGGAAGUCAGUCUCGCUUCACCUCUGGAGGCAUGUCUAUUAUUAAUGCGGACUAUGCCCGUAUACUUAUAUGUGUAGUUAUUUACCAAGCACAAAACACCAUUCCUAUUAUAUAAAUCAUUGGGUAUUCGGAGGAAUAUGCCAUGAAAACUGAACAGUUGUGUUAAGGUGUUACGCUAUUUGAAGCCGUUCGUAGGCGUAUUUUUAGUUUUAACUCACGAUGCUAUCAUUAAUGGGGAAUGGGAUUAUCAUUUAUGAUGCUUUCAUUUAUAGGGAAAAAGACUGAGCUAUUAAAAUGGAUAGUCAAUAAAUAAAUGCUGUUGCUGUG